AUGGCGAUGGAAGGAGUGAGCACCGAAGCCAGCUCCGCAAUGCAUGACCAGCUUGAGUCUUCCAGGCGGAAAUCUGAGCUGCCAGAGUGCGCGUUAGCCAACCUCGUUGUGGAUGUCCUUUUUCCAACUGACCGCUGCGGCGGCCCCGACGGAUUUGCCAUGGGGGACUCUCCCAGAAGACAGCUGCGGAGAUCCCCGCGCGCCGCGCGCGGCUCACAGAGCGGCGACGACGGUGACCCCGUAGGAACUCGCUGGGAGUGCCGCGUGGUCACGCCCGUUGUAGGCUUGAGCGUCGACUGCUUGUCGGCGGAAGGUUGCGGAGUGGUCGUGACCCCGCGCCUGACGGCGUCAGACAACGAUGGAACCCUGUCCACACAGGCGCGGACUGCGCCUACCUCUCUCCGAGGCGUACGUGUCACGCACGGCGAAGAAGAGGAAGACGCAGCGGAAAAGUCGCAGGUCACUCACAAGACCUUACAACCGAAACCCGGCGAGGACAACAGAGACAAGCACACGCAGCCGAUCAGGAUCUUCUUCGGCACCUGGAACACAGAGUACUCGGAGUUCCCAGCGGAGUUCAUUGCCGCGCAGAAGCAGCAGUGCGGUCGACAGGAGGAGAGGUACUGCAAAACAGCGCAGGCGAUGCAGCAGCGGCUGAAGAAGGACUCGAUUCGCAGACUGUCUAAGGACGAGACGCUGGGGCAGGCCUCAACUACCGGAACGGAGACGCAUGAAUUCUCCACGUGGUCGCUGGCGCCCUUUGAGGCGGAGGAGAGCGAGGAGGAUCGGAUCACAGUCGCAGGCGAAGAGGACGAUGACGACGCCUACGACGCCGACGACGCCGACGGCGACGGCGCAGACGUGGCGCCGAAGGACAAGUCGCACUUGCUCGAGGGCCUUUCGGAGGGACAGCAGCCCCUCAGAGACUGGCUAAAGGGCGGCUACGACAUCUACGUCGUCACUCUCCAAGAGGUCACAAGCGACAAUAUUUUCCAGGCGAUCUCGUUCUACCUCGAGAGCGAGAACAAGGAACCGUUCCUUCGCGUCGACAUGGGCGAAGGCAAAAUCUCCGGAUACGGGAAGGGCGCGUGGACGAAGAUGAAAUCGACUUCGAUGGCGUGCUGGAUCCGAGAGUCGAAGCUGUGGCCGCUCGGCCCGGUUCGUCCACUCGCCUACAAGGCCUUUUCCUUCACUGUCCUUAACGGCAGCAAGGGAGCCAUUACAGUCGUGCUGAAGGUCCACCAGCAGCUUGUCUGCUUCAUCGGCUGUCAUUUGCCUGCGUCGCACAAGGAGCGCGGCAAGGCGCGGGCGUUUAUUCGAAGCAAAAUCGCAGCGAUGUACAGUUACGAGAAGGGCGUCGACUUCACGCGUGUUUUCCACCACAUCUUCUGGGCCGGCGACUUCAACUUCCGGUGCCUAAUCUCCUCAAAAAAAGCGCUAGACAUGCUGAGAGCGGGCAAACUGCAAGAGCUCCAGCAGUACGACGAGCGGGCGCUGGAAGCUGGCAAGGAGAUGGAAAUGCAUCGAUGGGUGGAGGCGCCAAUCACGUUCCUUCCCACGUACAAGAAGCGCGACGGGCGACCGCCGCUCGACAUGUCGAAGCCGGAUUGGGUUGAGGGGGAGUAUCAAGUCACGAUGAAGAAAAAAGGAAUGCUGGGAGCAACCAAAACCGUCGAUCGUCCCCCAUCGUGGUGCGACCGCAUUACCCGGUGGUCUCGAGGCGAACUCGAGUUCAACGUCUACUCAAGCAGCGACGAGUACUUCGCCGCCACGCCAAGCUCCCGCACGAUUCUCAUGGCCAGCGACCACGCGCCUGUGGGCGGCGGAUUUUCGCUGUACGCGCUGGAUCCCAAGUUCACCUUGCCGAAAACAUUCAUGGCAGAUCCCUCAGAGCAGUUUGAGCGUGCUGAGAGCUGA